AUGUCUUCCAAAACAAGGCAAAUUGGAAUAUCAGGGCAUUCCUCUACCUCGUCUAAUGACAGCGAUGUAGAACCCGACAGCAUCGCUUCAAUUAGUGCGACGCUAGCGGAUAUCCAAGAUCGGAUGCACCGUUACCAUCGCAGGAGCCGUCGUGUCCGGUUUUCCGAUGGCGAUGGGAUAGAAACCAUCGAGGUCCUCGUAAAGUUUAUCAUCGCCACUCAGAAGUGUACAGAGGCCCACUGCGAACAGCUGGAGAACAUUCGCUCCUAUAUCCAGGACAAGAAUCUCGAUAUCGUCAGUGAUCAUAUGGGGGCUAUAAAUAAGCACAUUGCCGCUAUGAAAGUGCAGAUGGAAGAGUCGGUGCGAGUUGCGUCACUGUUUCAAGUGAGCCUUGAACUCCUACAGAAUGACCACGUCCAACGUGUACAGGCCAACCAGAGGAAUGCCAACAACGCCUUGCCAAGAACGCAGAGCGAAGAGGAGCCCCGCGAAGAGCCUCGGGAAGAGCCUCGAGGUGGACCAACAAAAACGGUGGAAUAUAAGGAAUAUUUCAUGAGAUUUCUUCGCAUUGUUGCGCUCAUAUUUCUGGCUUACCUAGGCUACCGCGACGUAAUAUUUUAUGAGGAGGAAUAA